CUCUGUCCAGAUCUCCUCCCGACUUCUAUGGGGAAGCCAAACUGCCUCCCUGCAAGGCUGGUUGCCAUAGAUGCAAGCAACCUGUGAACUCAGGCCAACUCCUUGAAACUUCACAGAGGCAAAGGCAUUCCAGGACACACAGAGGCUGUGGCCAACUGCCCAGGGGGAGGAGACUGCUCUCUGCUCUCAGUUGCCCUUCAGGUUCUGCACCCUGGGGACCUGGCAGUGGCAGAAUCAUGUGGGCACCUGGUAAGGUGGCCGGGACCAUGUGCUCCUCCUGCAACCUCCCCAGGGUGUUGAUCUCCGCCUCAGCUUGGGCUCUUUCUCUUUCACUUUUCUAUAAGCUGGCGUUGGGACUCCCCGGCUGGAAAGCACUGGGGGAAACCGGGGAAACCCCAGCUGAUUCGCUCCUUGUGCCUCGAUUGCUCGCGCUGGCUGCUGCCCUGCAUCCUGCACCCUUCAACCAGAACCCGAUGGAGGUACAGAAUGGGAGGUGGUAGUGCUGGUGGUGGUGGAUCCAACAAUGGAAUUUUUUUUUUUUUCCGAAAGCCUACGCCCCGGGCCCCUCCCAGCUCUGGCUCUGCUCAGGCACCCUUCUCCACUCCAGCUGCGGGCCAGGCCGCCCCGCCCUCUUGACCAAGACUUCAAUACUCAGUGGCACUGUAUGCAGAGUGUCCCCUUCUGUCCAGCCACUCUUCCCCGGAGUUCUCUUCUCCAUCCUCCCCUUGCAGCUUGCGGGUUCUUCUGCGAGUCUCUCCCAAUUUUCUGCGUCCAAAAGACUUGCAGUGCAUCUCGUUACACGCUGCAGGGACCUUGCCAGGGCAGGACUGCCCCCCGCCCAGUUGCAGAGUUGGACGAAGACAGGAUCCUGCUGUGUUUGGAAGACUGAGUUCCACAUCUAACAGAGCUCAGAGAGGUCAGGAAAGAAUCCACCUUGACACAUGGCCCUCUGGCUCUUCAAAGCACUUCCUCUUCAUGGUCCUUGCUGGUGAGGUCCUUAAGAACACAGAAGCCCAUGUCAGGAGAUAACCAGCCUACAGGAGGCCAAGAGGUGUUCUGGAUGGAUGGCAGCUGGAAGCCCAUCGCCAUAGCCAGCUCACCUUCAACACUGAAACACUUACCUGGGCAUUAAGUAAUGAAAAUUUUGAAACCAUAUAUGAGGAAUACAUCCAUCUCGUGCUACUUGUGUUUCCUUCUAAACAGUCACUUUUUAACCGAGGCUGGCAUUCAUGUCUUCAUUUUGGGCUGUGUCAGUGUAGUUCUCCCUAAAACAGAGGCCAACUGGAUAGAUGUAAGAUAUGACCUGGAGAAAAUUGAAAGCCUUAUUCAAUCUAUUCAUAUUGACACCACUUUAUACACCGACAGUGACUUUCAUCCCAGUUGCAAAGUUACUGCAAUGAACUGCUUUCUCCUGGAAUUGCAGGUUAUUUUACACGAGUACAGUAACAUGACUCUUAAUGAAACAGUGAGAAACGUGCUCUACCUUGCAAACAGCACUCUGUCUUCUAACAAGAAUGUAGCAGAAUCUGGCUGCAAGGAAUGUGAGGAACUGGAGGAGAAAACCUUCACGGAGUUUUUGCAAAGCUUUAUACGCAUUGUCCAAAUGUUCAUCAACACGUCCUGACUGCAUGUGAGCCUCUUGGGUGUUUCUGUUAUUAAGGCACCUCUGCCUGCUGCUCAGAGGCAGCACAGCUCCAUGCAUUUGAAAUCUGCUGGGCAAACGAAGCUCCCUAACAAGGAGCUGAUGAGCCACUUGGAUCGCAUGAAAUCUUGGCAAUGAAGAGAGGAAAGGAGCUUGUCUCGGACUUCUUUUUGCUUGCUUAUUUUUAAUUUAUUGCUUCAGUUGUACAUAUUUGUAAUAUAACAGAAGAUGUGUAAUAAAGUUGAAUGCAUAUUUUAUCAAUUGAAAUUUAA